AGCUCAUUUUGGUUUGAUUCAUUAAAAAUUAAUACUUCAAUCAGUUUCUCCGCAACAUUUUCCCAAAUUUCAUUUCCCAAUUUUUCUAUUUCAAAAUUUAUUCAACUUCGCUCUGAUGUCCAGUUCGAAAUAAUGGUUGCUUCAAAAUACACGUUAUUACUUUUAUCAGUUACCUACCUGCUGAUCGAGAUUGGACACUCGCAAACAUACAAGUGGUCGUCUCUGCACCCUAUGGAGGCUCAAAUGUCUUUUGCCUUUGACCCCUAUGUUGAGGAAGAGUACAAGGAACCAACUGCAGAAAAGUACUUAUUAGCCGAGAGUUUGAUCGCCAAUGAGUGCAGCACUGUUCAGCUGCACAGUCCCGAUCUCAAGGUCGACUGUGAGGUCACUGGAUUCUGGGGCUAUGAGGGGGGGCAUGUAUGGGCAGUAUUCAAUACCACUGUGGCCACUAAUGACAGCAAGGCACUGCUGAGGACCAUUUCUGGGUGGACUGUCAAGUAUGCAGUAAUGGAACAGUGUCCUUCUUUAUACAGGGUCUAUUUGGCUUCAGAAUUCAGAAACCACCAGGAAUCGAAAAAGUGGAUGGGCAAUGUGGCUCUGAUUUGCGGACUGUCUGUACUUUUCUUCGGCUGUGCAGUGGCUCUCUACAUAUUCGUGUCGGCUUAUUGGAACAGCUACUCCAUCGCACUGGCCAAGGAGCAGGAGGAACAGAGACGCGCGCAGAUGAAGGAGAGGGAGAAUAAGAGAAAGAGGCGCAUAUUCGGGGAUAAGGCUACUUCGUCGGAAGGGACAUAUACCAAACACGUGAACGAGAAAGAAAAACAGCCUCAAAAACAAAUGGGCUAUGGCAACGAAGCAUUCUUCAUGUGAAAACUUUAGAGUUGACUCCAGCUUAAACGUACCAACAGGACAGUGAAACUGAUACUAGUCAAAACAAAACUAUACUAAAGUUUGACAAUUUAUUAGCCCAAUACACCACUUAUAGUCUGCGAUUGUUAAUUAAAA